CCCACAUGUAAACGCAAGCUCGAUGCAAGGCUUGACUAUACUUACUAAAAUUUUGCGAAACCCUUGCGCUCUCGGUUCAAUAUAUACAGAAUGCUGUGCCCGCUAAUCAUUGAAGAAUAAAGCAUCGCAUUAUCAUGGACCUUCGCUUCUAAGGCAAGUUCAGAUGUUUUGAGGUUCGAGAGAAAUAUUUCAAGAGAGCUUCUACUGAACUCUUGCAUUCGUGGCGUAUUUCUACCGCGAGAGUCAUGGUUUCCAGAUCGAAUUCCAUAACAGCCGAAAAUUCCUUGGCGAGCGACUAUCUAGCAGACCAUCAUCUAGAACACACGCCAGAUGGGCAGUAUAUCCGCUGGCACCGUGCUAAUCCGAUUCAUCCAAGGAAUUGGUCUGUAUUGCGGAAAUGCUUUGACACUGGUCUCAUCUUACUGCUGGACUUUUUCCUGACAGCUUCUAGCACUGCUGGCGCAUCGGCAGCCUCGGAGGCGAAGCAUGAAUAUGGGAUUGGAUCUGAGUUAUCCAUCUUCUGCUUUGUAACAGUGUUCCUGCUUGGUCAGGUAAUAGGGACAGUCGUCUUGCCCCCAUGGUCUGAAACGUUUGGUCGCAAAAGACUCUAUCUCAUUAGCAGUGCUCUGAGUUCAGUCUGCUGUGUGGUAGUAGGCGUUCCUCACUCCCUUGCUGCAGUGAUAAUCGGGCGCGUGGGGACAGGGAUGCUGGCUGCCAUCCCCUACACUGUUGGUGGAGGUAGUGUCGAAGACAUGUGGUCUUCACGACCACGGAUAUGGGUGAUGUUCUUGUGGACUAUUGCAUCCAACCUGGGAUUAUGUAUCGGGCCUAUCACGGGCACGUACGUUAGUACUUUAUUGAACUGGAGGUGGCUCUUCUAUAUCUAUGCGAUAAUCAUCGGGGUUAUGAGUGUCCUGUUCAUGUUCAUCCGGGAAUCUCGACCGUCUCUUUUGCUUACACGAGAAGUUGCGAAGCUGUCUCGUCACACCGGAAAGGAUCUUCACGCAUUAAAUCAUGAUCACCACCCUGACCUGCGCACCUUUCUCAAGGUUGCUCUAUUCCGACCCGCUAUUCUCUUCUGCCGAGAGCCACUGGUGUUCAUCAUAUCAAUGAUGAUUGCCUUCGCUUUUUCUCUCCUCUACAUGUUUACCGAAGCGCUACAGCCGAUUUACGAAACAAUGGGGUUUUCUCGGACGCAAUCCUCUCUCGCCUUUCUUGCCAUUGCCUGCGGCAUUUGGUUCAGCACUCUCACACGACUCCUCGAUAAUCGGGUCUUCGAUAAUCGUCGGCGCAAGAACUUGCCUUUCAGGCCCGAAGAAAAAUUGUUAGGCCUAGCUAUCGGUGCUCCCGUGCUGGCGGUCGGUUUGUGGUGGUUCGCCUGGACCAUUCCCCCAAAGGCAUCGAAUACACACUGGAUCGUGCCAUCAAUCUCUCUCGCCAUGAUGGGAUACGCGUUGAAUGAAUUCGAUACCGUGCUUUAUUCCUACUUAAGCGAUUGCUACCUGAGCUACUCGGCCAGUGCUAUGGCCGCUGUGGCUUUUCUCCGAGCCCUGCUGUCCGGGGUAUUUCCAUUGUUCACGCAACAAAUGUUUGAUGGCCUCACGGCAAAUGUGGCUGUGUCACUCCUCGCCGCUCUGGCAACGGUGUUCUGUAUAGUCCCUCCUUUGUUCAUAUUCUAUGGCGAGCGGAUCCGAAAUCGAAGUCCGUUUGCUAAGCAAAGCGUGUUGAUAGCGGCGGAGCUGGGAAGUAAGGAGGAAGACUAUUGAUCCAUGUAUAGAUAUGUCCAGAACCACUCGUCAUCGAUAGAAACCAUGUCUCAUGCAAAUACAUUCAUCAUGCUGCCGACCCUUCUCUGCCUUCCGCCUGUAGUCUGUAUCCUAGAGUAGUUGUUACUUUCUGUACCUUAUGUGGCUGAAUGCCAUGUUAGUGUCUAUCC